AUGCCCUCAUACAAUAAAAUCUCAAACAUUGGGGCACAGCACUUGGCUAAAGCCAUCAACAACAACAACUGUCAGCUACACACAUUAAACCUCUAGGGAAAUAACAUCUUAGAGAUUGGAGCAGAGCACUUGGCUAAAGCCAUCAACAAAAACAACCGUCAGCUACACAUGUUAAACCUCUCAUUAAAUAACAUCUCAGACAUAAGGGCACAGCACUCGACUAAAGUCAUCGACAACAAUGUCAGUCAGCUACACACAUUAAACCUCUUACGCAAUGACACCUCAGACAUUGGAGCACAGCACUUAGCUGAAGCCAUCAAGAACAACAACUGUCAGCUACGCACAUUAAAUCUUUGGAAUAAUAAUAUCGCAGACAAUGGAGCACAGAACUUGGCUGAAGCCAUCACCAACAACAACUGUCAGCUAUGCACGUUGGACCUUGCAGCAAAUGAAAACAUAACAGAGGCAGGUAAGCAAAAGGCAUAUAAUUUACUAAGCAAUAGUCUAAGUGUGAGAUGA